AUGGCCGACAAGGACAAGACCGAGAAGGACAAGCGCCGGCCGUCCGUGCGCAAGACGAGCCUCAACAGCGCUGUACCCGAGAAGGCAACGAGUCGCCGGGACCUCCGCCGCGGAUCGACGAUGGCACGCAUGCCGUCUCCGAAAAAGUCGCCCAAGAAGAAGGCCCCAAAAGCAACCGUUGAGGAGCUCGAGAGUCGUGAAGAAGUCAUCAACAUGAUUCACAUUCUCGAGACCGACACGGGUGAGGCGGCUCAGAAGCGUCAAAUCCUCAAGCUUUUCGAGUGGUUCAAGGCGCAAUACGCCAUGCUGAGUGGCCAGCUCCGCGAGAGUUUGGCGCGCGAGCAGCAACUCAUCGUCAAGUGCCGCGAGCUCAAGUUUGAUGUGAUGCUGAAUGUCGUCAAGCUUCAGACCAAACUGCACGUCAAGGACACCCAAGCCGAGGGCCUUGGCUUCUUCAAAGAGGAGUGCGAGCGCUCGUGGCACUCGAUUCACAUGGCCCAGGAGCGCGAGCAAGAAGCGCUCGCCAUCAUUAGUGACCUCCGGGACAAAAUAUCCCACCUCGAGAGCCAAGUCAAGGAGCUCCAGCGCCGACCAUUGCUCGUCGAGCCACGCCGGUCGUCGAUCACGCAGUCGGCGUCCUUGUCACAGCUGCGCUCGCCCAAGGCCGCCCCCGAAGCCGACCCGAUCACAACGUUCAACGAGUGGAAAACACUCAACCGCGUGUGGAGCCCACCAAAGAGCCAAGAUCGAUCGACGGCGCUGUACUGGGGCAACUACACGGACAGCGGUGGUGGGCCGACGCCAGGUCCCACCACACCCAUGGAGCGCGCCAUGACGGCAGCGUCGCCCAAGAAGCGACCCGAGUGGUGUCGACACCUGCCUCGCGUCUAGCCUUUCGUCUCACGUAGCGAAUGCGAAAAGACUGUCAACUUUUUAGUCCGCA